AUGACCUUCAGGAGGCGCUGGCAUUCUGCCAAGAAUCAGAAGAUCUGGGUCUCAGGGAUCUUGUGGGGGUCCCAGGUGAAAGAUGUGGAGGUGGUCUCAUCCACCUGUACUGGCAAAACGUGUGAGAGGAGCUCCAAUUGGCAGAUGGCCAUUGGACUAUUGGCCCAGAUGCGAAGGAAAAGAAUUCAAAAGAAUCUCAUUGCUUUCGACUCUGCCAUUAGCGAGAAAGGUUGGAGAAGAGCUUUGCUUCUCUUCUCUGAGAUCAAAUUCACAGGAGUUUGGGGCUCUUUUGAUUUGGACUCACAGGUCGACCAGCCCGGCUGUCCUCACCAGCUACUGAUGUCGCUGCGCAGCUGGGGCUGGAUCCAACAUCUGCUGGCUGAGAUGCAGGCAAUUUGGGUGAAGCAAGAUAUUCUCAGCUACAAUCUGGCCAGUAGCAGCUAUGGUCGAAAGUCUGAGUGGCAAAGGGCCGAAGAUAUAUUGAGCCAAUUGCAACACAGAGGCAUGAAAGUCCAGGUGGUCACUGUGGGCGCGCUACUGUCGGCCUACGAAGUGGUCGAUCUCUGGAAAAGUGCCCUGCACCUGGCCACCUCGAAGCUUUCUCACCUCGUGGAUGUGGUGGCGGUGAAUGCUGUCACCAGCGCGAUGCUUCACUGGCCGAAAGCCAUGCAUCUCCAGAUGGGAAAUCUCAGCAGAGUGGGGCAGAAUGCCCUUCUGGCCAAGGUUGACAGAUGGCAAAUCACGCUUCAGCUACUGAAGGGCAUGCAGAGGAGGGUGGAUCAAGUUGCCUUCAAUACAUCCCUGGAUGUCUUGAAGGUGUCUUGGAUACAUGCCCUCUCACUGCUAUGGAAGAUGUCGCAAGUGCUGCUGCAGAUGGACGUGCUUAGUGUGAACGCUGUCUCUCGACGAAGUUCCGAAGGGAUGAUCGCUGGAUCGCUGUUCCUCGAUCGUAGCUGGAAGAUGUGGGAAGAUUUAUCUGUGGGAACGGUAGGAAUUGCUGCGACCCAACGACCACCUGCUAUGCCAAGGAUCAGGCAGCUUGGAAGGCUGGAGAAGGAGAGGCAAGGAGACCCCAGUGGAACCUACCAGCUUGGAAAGCCGAAGAGAAGCAAAGUAAAUGGCAAGGCCCACGCGCAAUGCCGCACACCUGCGGUGAUCCCAGGCGCCGCCACACCUAGGAAUGACUUGCCGCAAUACCGCACGCCUUGGAGCUGCGAUGUCGUGGGGAAGCAGACGCCAGUUGUGGAUCAUCGUCCAAUGGCCGAAGGGAAGUGCACCCAAAACUACCACGUGAAUUGCAUGCACAACCCCACCUGUUGUGAUCCAAACUCCAAGUGCUAUGCCAAGGAUCGCGCGGUGGCCAUCUGCCUUCACAGUUGCGAGCCCGGAAUCCAUUUGAACGACCCUCCGCAGUGGCAAACGCCAUGGAGCUGUUCCUUGGUCUCUCCCUCCCCGCCCAGCAGUCCCAGUGGUCCCAGCGGGAUGGGUCCUUUGGCGUCCUUGCUGCGGCCCAGCGAUGGGAAGCUGAUGGACUUCGUGAUGUACCGGGCCCAAAAUGAUGCCAACUACCCGUUGGAGAAUGUGAACGCUGGAAAUCUGGAAGGAAUCAUGUGGUAUUUGCAGAAUGAAGUCUUGAGCGGUGUAUAUGGACCAGGCCCCAAAUUUGGCAUCACUCGUAUCUUGCGGAUCAGAGUACAAGUGCGGGCAACGCAGCCUUUGCUGGACAAGGGAAUGAACUUUGGCAUCAGAGUGGCUUUCGAUAGUGGAAAGUGCACGGGUCCAGACUGUGCCAUGGAUUGGCAUGACUAUGGCUACAAUGUGGGUUGUAACAAGCUUGGUGAUUGGCCAUUUCCAACCUACGAUACUCACUUCGAGGGUGGUAUUUGGUACAGUCUUCCUGGUUCCUGCCCUUCAUUGUCCUAUCUGCACAAAUCGGACGACUCAGCAUGCAAAAUGAAUGAGCCAGGCGGCAAAUGCUCGGGCGUUCCCACUGGAGCAGGGGAUUGCACGUGGAACUAUGAAAAUGCGGGAGAUUUGCCGCUGACGGAACUUUACCGGGAGACAAGCGAGAGGAGCUUUUGGGCUGGCAACAGCAAUGCAGAGAAUCGACGGAAAGUGCAAGUCGCCAAAGAGCUUUUCGCUGCCAAGUAUGGCCCAGAUCCGCCGGUUCCCCCUUGUGACUUCGACGAGGCUAAGAUCUUUGGCCGAUGA